AUGCAGAAACUUUACGAGAUGAAUGCAGUUCUCCAAAAGAAAACAAGUCAAGUUGCGGAUCGUCUUUCGAUCGCCUCUCGAACCCUACGCAAAGCUGGAUCCUCGCUGCAUACCUGCCACCAUUCAUCAGCGUCCGCCUGCAGACCACUCGACCCUCCUCUUAGCCCUGGCAUACAGAUUCGUCGGCCGGAUCAACUGAAACAAUACACCAGCUUCAGCAGGAAGACCAUGGCGGCCUGCAGGACGAAGCAGUUGUCGAUGUACGUGCGCUGUCCCGACGCAAAACGGGAGAAAAGGCCCCGCUGGCUGGCUCUUGACCUGCUCAGGAUCCCAGCGAUCGGGUUUAAAGUGCGCCCGUUUUCUACACCUCGACAAGCUGCCCAAUCUGGGCGAUCGAUUUCGUUUCGAACCUGA